CCAGCACUGUGUUGGAAUUGAGGAGGCCGUCCACAGCGCCCCAUUUAGGGGAUGUCUCAUGCCAGUGUAUCUGCCUGUGUGGGAGCAGCCCCUGCUCGGAAGGCGGCCCACCGAUCUCGCAGAAGGAUCAACGUGACAAUGAAGGCCGAUGCCAGCAAGCCCGAUGGAGCAGCUGCCUGGAUUGAAGAGAACAUGCCAGAUUUGGGAAAGAUCACGGGCACCAAGUUUGCAGGCGGCAGCUCCUGGUCCUCUGCCUAUGUGUACACCACCGAGAGCGGCAGGCAGCUGUUUGUGAAGACGGCGCUGGGGCGCGGCCCAGCGGCCAUGUUCCAGGGCGAGGCAGAGGGCCUCCGAGCCAUGCACGCCACCAACACAAUCCACGUGCCAGAGGUGUACCACUAUGGCGCGUUGUCCUCGCCACCAGGCGGUGGUGCGCUGCGCAGCAGCGGCAGCUUCAUCGUGAUGGAGUACCUUGACCUUCGGGGGCGCUUCGACCAGGCCGAGCUGGGGCGCCAGAUGGCGCGCAUGCACCUGGCUACGCCGCAGCAUGACCACGCCGGCAUGUUUGGCUUUACGUGCGACAACACUAUUGGUGGCUCCCCGCAGCCCAACCCCUGGGAAAACGAAUGGGUGAGGUUCUUUCGGGAACACAGACUGCGGCACCAGCUCACUCUGGCCGGCAACAGCCGCCUGAACCAGCUAGCCGAGCCGCUGCUGCGGCCGUGUGCACUAGAAACCUUCUUUGAGGGCCUAGAAGUCCGGCCCAGCGUGCUACACGGGGAUCUUUGGAGCGGCAAUAUCGCGGCAGUUGAUGGUCGCCCAUGCAUUUUUGAUCCUGCAACGUACUAUGGGCACCACGAAGCCGAGUGGGGGAUGAGUUGGUGUGCUGGCUUUGGUGGCGCAUUCUGGUCUGCCUACCACGAGCUGCUGCCGCGCGCUCCUGGGUUUGAAACGCGGGCCGACCUGUAUGAAUUGUACCACAAGUUGAAUCAUUACAACCUGUUUGGGUCAUCAUAUCUCGGUGACUGUGAACGACUUCUGGCUCGGCUUGUGACAAAGCUGAAGUGAGCGACACCUGCCUUUCUGUUUCUUUCUUAGUCGCAGUUGGAGAGUGAUGUCCUUGCCUUGCCAUUGCACCUGAUCCCUGUCUUUGGUAGAACAAUCAGCC